GCGCGAUAUGUAGUCAAAGUUAAAAAUAAUCCUUAUUUCCUGUCUAAUUAACGUGCGUUCAUAAUGAGACAAAGUGCAAUUAUUUCUGUUUUUUUAACAUAUGUGGUGCUGUGCUCUUUGAUCGUUAUCACGACCGUGAAGGCGGAUGUAUUAUCACCGAACCAAAAAGCACCACCCUUUGCUCGAGGAUCGGGCGCAUACGCGCUUCCACUUCCGCGCGAAGGAAAACCUAGCGUUAUACAACAACCUGUCAAGCAGCCAGCCGGAAACGCUGAAAAUGGAGUGCAGAGGGAAGACGUGACAUCGUUUAAAAAAGUAGGGGAUGAAACCAUUCUUGUUGUCGAGGGCAGCUUAGGCUAUAAAAGCCCAGAAGGCCUCGCAAUUUCUGUCAACUACAAAGCAGAUGAAAAUGGAAACCAUGCGAGUUUCAAGUUUGGAACGGGAUUGCCGGGAAGUUCACCCUCUCGAGGAUCGCAACCUGUCGGCGGAGGGGACAAUAAGGGGGGUGUGAAGGGGGCAAAUACAAAAAGUACCGGAGGCGGCAGUGGACCGAGUUCUUUCUUACCACCGGGUCAAAAGGGAAAAACCGAGGAGAGAAGUUACUUGCCUCCCAGCUAGGAUAGACUCUAUGUCCAUACGAUUAUAUCAUAUUUAUUGUUAUAAUUUUUCAAUAA